UAAGAAUUUUUGAAAACAGGGAUGAUCGUGUCAAAAACAUUGCGCGGUUAUCGCUAGCUCCAAAAUUAUCUUCUCAACAGUUUUAAAUCGUUAUUUUUCAUAGAUUUACUAUAAUAUUCCGUUGUUUUUGUAGUAGGAAAUGUGAUAAACUUGAUCAUGGUUAACCAAGGACUUCUGAUUGAAAAAUAUACCCAGCAUCGUAAGGUACACGAGAACUUUUUGAAGAUGUUUGGAACUCUUCUGGAGACGGCUCUUGCUAUGCAAUGCAUGGUUACAGACAUAAACGAACAGUACGACGAUAUCUUCAAGCAAUUGGCCAUCCAGGAGUCUCCACCAACCCCCAAACGUCGGAAGGCUCACUCGUUCGAUUCACCAUCAACCAUGGUGCGUCCAUCUGUCCUGGAUGAUUCGAUCGAUACAGCAACCCGGAGCAACAAAUCCGAUACCGAUCUGUCCAGUUCGGUACUCGAGAAGAACAUAAACCAGCAGUCCGAUUCAGCGGAAGAAUCUUUUUUCGCUCUCACCCAAAGUCCCUCACGCCUUCCUCUAUCCCCGAGACGGCCGGAAAACGUGGCCAACGUGACAGCUUCUAAAACGCCUCCAAGGAAGAACAAAAAUAGCUGGCUCAAGCAGGAAACUUCUACCGAGGACGAUAAAUCGGCGGCAGAUUUCGAACGGCAGAAGUACCGGAAAAAGAGCAACCUUUCGUUGAGCCGUUUCUCUAGCAGCUUCAAAAUGUCUCCGGAGACAAAUCAGCAGCUUAAAUCGCUCCCGGUUAGACCUAAAGGAAUGGCAACGCCAAAACCAGUUAAAUUUAUGAAUCCUGCUGUGGAGCAGCAGGAGAAUGCUGUUCCACCGGUCGGAAAGUGGACCGUUAAGAAAGCAUCCGGUACACCGGGAAGGAUUGAUUCCACUCUACGUAGGACUCCGACCAGUAGCUCAAAGGAACCGAAUUCCUUACUGAAUCGGACAAGGCUCAGGCAAACCAAACUUCGCUUUCCGGACAAUUUGAACAAAUCGAUGUCAAAUGAUGACGAUGACGAAACUUACUUUGAGGAGUUCGUCGUUCCCAGCCCUACAUCGACCAGUGCAUCCCGUUUUCUCAAGAGUGCCAUCAAAAAAGAGCAAUCCUCUUUGUUGGAAAAAUCGAAAAAUCAUCCAUCAGGUUCCAAAAUCGAACCACAAAAUGAGGACGAAUUCGACAUCGAUCAAACCUACUGUUCGGAAGCGGAAAAAACUGUCGCCCGAUCUGGACCAGCAAUCAAAAGAGAACCACUCACUCAGAAGAAACCUGCUCCAUUGGCUAAGAAAGCUCUCAUCCUGGCCAAAGAAACCCAACAGCAGGAUGACCCCAGCUUUGACGGUAGCAGCGUUCUAUUCGUAAGGCCAUCGUCCGAGGAAGAAAUAAUCACGAUAGAAGAAACGCAAGCCACCAGAAACGAUCUUUUCAUGGAAGCGAUCCGUAAGCAACGAAACGAAGAGUUGUAUUCCUGCCAAUCGGGACACCAAGAAAUCAAGUUAGAGUUUCCUUUCGAGAACGAUUCUCCUCCCGUAACUAAAUCAAAAACUGUUCCCCCGGAGGAACGUCGCUGUAUCGAGUGCAGUAAACAUUUUCGGGUGCUGGCUAGCCGAGGCCUAUCGGUGGAGCAGAUACGCGGCAAAAUGCCUCGGAAUUGUCGCGAAUGUCGGCUGGUUCAGUUGCACGAAACGCCGGUCGGGUUUUGGAAUCCGGAAUUUUCCCCGACACAAAGCUAGUGGUUCGAAACGAGAUAAGUACAAAUAAUCUAUGACACUCAUUUAUUCGAUAUUCUUGGUUAAAAUUUGUAGUGCAAAAUAACGGCCAUAUCAGGAGGGAAUUUGUUUGAAUGGAUUAAGUUUGAAUAAUACUUCUAGAACAAAAGGGAAAGUUAUAAAAAAUACUGGUUUUCUAAGCUUCUGAUAUUAAUUUAGUCUCAUAAAGAACACUCCAGAAAUAGUGUGAAAGAAAAGGUC